UCGCCCUCGCUUUCGCGGCGGGGCACAUCACCCUUCUCCGACCUUUGCGAAUAUUGAUUUUGUGAGUUUCGAGGUUUCUGGAGCAAGCCCGACGCCCUGGCGACGCAGGCGCCGACGGUGACGCUGGCAGCAUGGCGUAAGCACACAUCCAGCCGCUCGCUUGGACCACCGCCUGGGGCUGACGCGACUUCCGCGCGCGAUCUCCCUUGGCAGAUCGCGAGGAUGCGAUUCGCACGGCGGGAAGCAGCGUCGCGACACGCUCCGAGCCGAAUAUCCAAGUGCCGUCGACAGUGAACACGCUCCCGACGAGAUGAACGGCCACGUACGCGUCGCCGCCACGUGCUUCCUGCUGGUCGCGACGAUCACUCUUACGAGCGGUCAGCUAAUGUCAAAGGAGCAUCGAACGCACGCUGCUUCCGAAAGAGCGAAUGACUUGUGGUGCUAUCAAUGCGACACUAUGGACGACGGCGACAGAUGUUCAAAUAUAACUGGCAAUUUCAGUUCCUUCAAGCAUAAGUGUAUGGACGACAAAAGGAUCUGCAUGGUAAAACGCUUUUCCUAUACGACUAGUACCGAGAACUCGACUUCCAUGCCGCAAACGUGGUCCUUGGAGAGGAACUGCACGAACAAAUGCGACCCGGGAUGCAUCGUGAUCGGUGAACGCACGAAGCUGUACGCCUGCACCGCCUGUUGCGAGGAGCCUCUGUGCAAUACCGGUACCGGUACUGCCAACGACCUAGCGAUCAAAGAAAUCGACCUCCUGCUGGCCCUCACGCUCCAAGCUGUCCUGACCGUUAUCAUGUAUCCAUCGUGACAGUGUUAAUAAAACGUCUAGUUACAAUUUA